AUGUUCUCUUCUUGUCUCGCUACCGCAGCUACCCUGGCUGCGGUGUCGGUGUCAACUGUUUUGGCUCGAGAGCCAGGACCUGCCAGCUUUGAUUCUGUACUCCAGGUGAGGGACGAGACCGUUCUGCCAGGUUGCGAUAAUGUUUGCGGUUCUCUUUCGCAAAAGUACCCGGAUCAGGUAUUGCUCAACAACGAAACGGUGUAUACGACAGCACGACAGGAACUCUGGUCGACUAUUCAAGGAGCAGUCUCACCCGCCUGCUUUUUUCGCCCUGGUAAUUCGGCCGAGGUUUCCGGUGCAGUCAUCGCUGCUCGAGACGCCAAAUGUCUAUUCGCUGUCAAAAGUGGUGGCCACAGCGCCUAUGCGGCCUCCACGAUCCAAGGAGGUCUCGUUAUUGAUCUAGUGAAUAUGGACGCGGUGUCCUUUAGCGAGGACAAGAAAUCGGCCACCAUCGAACCUGGUAAUACUUGGGACAAGGUAUACCCAGUGUUGCAAGAACAUGGUUUGAUUGUUCCCGGUGGUCGCAUGUUUGGUGUCGGCGUGGGCGGUCUCACCUUGGGCGGCGGAGUCUCCUGGCUAAGCAACCUUCUUGGAUGGACCUGCGACAAUGUUUUGGAGUACGAGUUGGUGUUGGCUGAUGGCCAGAUUGUCUCUGUCACUGCCACCUCACACCCCGACCUUUACUGGGCGUUACGAGGUGGUGGAAGCAACUAUGGCAUUGUCACAAAGUUGAAGUUCAAUGCCUAUGCCCAAGAUAAGAUCUGGUUUGGCAGGGUGCGUUUCAAUGAUACAACUAAUGCCACAUUUAACCAUGCCUAUGCAGACUGGGGAAGUCUCCAGGCCCCAACGGACCUGCGCAGUGGCGGCGUGCUCGUUUGGAACGCCUUUGCCAACAGUAAACCAGUCGGAGUCGCACUGCUUAUUCAUGCCAACACCUACGAAAAUGACACGCACCCGAAAGUUUUCGACAAGUUCUACAACGAGGAUGCGACGCGGUUUGAGGCUGCGAACACGUAUCACGGAGACUUGGCGAAGACCCUCGUCAUUCCUGCUGGCGCCACUCGUAACUCUAUGUGGACGACGUCGUUCACACUUGAUACGGAGCUUCUCCAGAGAGCCUAUGAGAUCUGGGAGGAGGAAACGAGGUCUAUUGCCUCCUUUGCAGCGGUCCAGCAGCUCCAAGUACAGGUCAUCACCGUGUCACAAAUGGAACUCAUGAAGCGAGCUGGCGGUAACCCGAGCGGUCUUGUUGGCCAAAAGAAAGCCAUCGGUUUCUUGAACCUGCUUACACAGUGGAAUGACGCGGCUGAUGAUCGAGCGGCCUACUUGGCGCAACAGCGAAUGGAAAGUCGGAUUGAUGCCGCAGCAAAGGAGAGGGGCCUGUACAACGAGUACAAGUAUACAAACUAUGCAAGCCAGUUUCAGGAUCCUUUCUCGGGCUAUGGAAAGGCCAACAAGAAGCGCUUGUUGGACAUUGCCAAGAAGUAUGAUCCUGAGGGAGUAUUUCAAAUUCUUGAGCCUUAUGGCUUCAAAAUCACCAAAGGAUCACCUCAAACUCUUUAA